CAAGCUGGGCCAGGGGAAGAGACAGAGUGCGCGGCAUCCAACGCUGAUACCUAGCCAUCAAACUGAAGAAUACCAAGCCUGUCUUGCUAUCCUGUGUGUAUAUAUACCAGGGCCUCUUGGCGCCAAUCCUCACGGUAUAGGUUGCAUUCCUCGUUACCUCGUUCCUUUCCAAACCCAACAACGAGUUCGAGGAGCCAGACUCACUUGGUAUCAGUCGCCAACAUGUCGCACCACCAACCUGCCGUCGUCGAUGACGACAAGCACUACGCCAAGGACCCUGUGGUGAACAGCAAUGGUAGCUACGAGGGAUCUCGCGAUGAGGAGGUUGGAGUUGUCACAAAGGGCGAGCCCCUCCAACGGAACCUGAAGAACAGACACAUGCAGAUGAUCGCCAUCGGCGGUGCCAUUGGUGCUGGUCUUUUCGUCGGUUCUGGCGGUGCUCUUCGAAGUGGCGGCCCUGCUGCCUUGAUUAUCGGUUAUAUGAUUGUCGGCUUCAUGUUGAUGCUUACUACUCAAGCCCUCGCUGAGAUGGCUGUCUUGUACCCCGUCAACGGUGCCUUCUACACAUACGUCUGCCGAUUUGUCGAUCCUUCCUGGGGUUUCGCCAUGGGCUGGGAUUACGCCAUUGCUUGG